UGUAUGAAUGCAAGCUUCCCGUAGGUGGGCGGGCUAUCUUUGAUUUCUUAAAAAGCCGGGCCAUCUGCACCCUGUUGAUCUUGUGCCUCUCCUCAAAUACAUUUACUUGACUGUUUUAUUAUAAGUCUCAGGACUUGAGAAUUCUCGACAGUUAUCGUUUUAUCGGCCAAGUGGGGAGUCGGGAACAAAAGACGAACAUGGAUUGCCAAACAUCCCACUUGCCGACAUGGCAGGAUAACAAAACCGCGGGCGAAAAGGCUGGUUUCGCUGGACAUGAUGAGAAAUCGGCUUUUUUGAACGACAAUACGAAGAAUCAGCAAACUAUGGAUAUGCAGCAAAUCUUUACCAAUCGCUUUAUGCCCGUCGCAUUCGCUCUCCCGUGGGUGAUGGGCAUGUUGAUUUCGUGGGUCCCAUUUACCAAGAUCUCUCUCAACAACGCCCCCGAUUUCCUCAUUCUCGCCGCUCUUAUCAGCACCCUCGAGGUCCUCAGUAUCGUCGCAGUCUUUAUCUUCACGUCCCUCCGCCCCUCAAUGCUCGACACCGAACCUGGCGCCAGCACGACGACUCUCAAAGAGAAAUUCUUCCGCGCCUGGUUCUGGUUCUUGUUCAUCAGCCCUUUUAUUACAGGAACAAUGGUCGUUUUGAUGGCGAGCGACAUUUCAUGCGAUCCGGAAGAUGAUCUGGAUAUGCAUCAACCAAUCUGCCAAGUAGGCAUCCGUCUCAUUAAAGCGACUGCUCUGUGUCGCGCUGGAAUUAUCGCGACAUUUCUGUUUGCUACAUCUUCAUAUUUAGAACAACGACCUACGAAGCGCUCGGACUCUGCAUGAUGAAAUAAAAAAUCUAUGGCGUCAUGAUCUUUUGUACAACGAUACCCCAGAAAAAGCAUAAAACAAAUACAUACCCAACCAUUUCAUUAAAUAAACUUUAUCCCAGUUUCAAGAUUCCUCUACCGAAAACUUUCGGUGCCACUUUGGUUAUUGUUUCUGAUGACGUUCUGGUCUGUGUUUAGUGCUUGCUUGAGCCUUGAGUGCUUUUUUAGUGCUUGCUCGGAUGUCGCUCGUGCGUUAUCAUUGAAUGACGCCACGGCCAAGCAUUCUCCCCUCCCGAGAUACCCGCUUCCCGAAUCAAUGGAACUCUCACUAUCGAGGGGCGUCGUUUGCAAUGCAUGCGUCGAUAGUGAAGAUUGCUUGCGUUGCGUUGCAUUUGCGUUUUGCGUGGUGAUACAAUCCGCAUCUCCCACUUUCCGGCAGUUGUCGUAAGCAUUUCGCGUCGCACUGCGAUUCAAUCCAAUCCAAUCCAAAACUCUGUUUUAAGCAUAGCCCAACCAACUUUUUAAUUCAGCCCUCCGCAUUUCCAUCGCAUUACAGUGCGCUUUGGCAUGCCACUCAAGGAAUCGAAUGCAAGCGGGUGGCUCGCGUGCACUUUUUCUCUUCAGAGCUAGACCGGUAAAAGAGAGAGUGCAGUAAUUUGCUGUGCCUCUUUUCGACAGUCCCUUUAACCUCGUUCAAGAUGCGAAUUCCUCGUUUCGUCUCAUUCGGUUGCUUCCGUAACGAAGCGGGCAGGGCGCUACGCUCGAUUGACUCUUAUCUUCCGUCUUCCGAGGUUAAUGCCUUGGCUUGGAUCCCUGCUGCACGUCUCAUUUUAUCAGGGACCGGGGAUUGGUUAGACUUUGCAGUCAGCGCUGAAUCAGCGCAACUCGGCGUCAAUCAAUUAUACCGCAUACAGACAUAUUCAUUCACUAUGUGAAUACAUGAUACCCUAUGCCUAGACUUGAUGAGAACAUGAUUGCGUUGUUGGUCUUGUCUUACACUUGGCCUACGUACAACUCACCGUAAAUAACUGGAUAAUUUCUCAUCAUGUGCAGGACGAUUCCACAAAUAAUUUACUUGGCGUUAUCUGCCUGAUUGUGAGGACGAAUGGGAAAUACACGCCGCAAGCCAAGAACACCUCUGAUAAGGAUUAUUGGUAUAUGGCUGAAAGGCCCCCAACGCAACAUGUCCGGUCGUUAGAAUAGGCAUCUCGGGCCGCUCGGUUACAGAAUGUCGUUUGUCGAGUUUGAGAUUUCUUGUGUAACCAGGCUCACCAAAUUGGCAC